UAUACGCAAACAAUAAAACAUUAAAAGUGGAUUUAACAUGUUAUGAAGGUUUUAAAUAUUUUUUUUUAUUUAUAAAUCACGCGGUGAAGUCUUCGGGAAGGACGGGACGGGGGUGCUCAGGUGUUUCCUACCUGCUCCUUCAGCCCUUGAGAAAUAACCGGAGAGAGAAAAGUCGAUUUACCUGUAGCCCGGGUUCUGGCAUCUCUCACUCGCGCUCUGUCUUCUGUUACCUGCACCGACUUGAAAGUCCAGUUUCACAAGGAAGAACCGCGGAGGAAGAGAAAUAUGUCACAGGAGACAGACAGUAAGAGGCUGGUUGUAGUGGUGCCCAAUGAGCCGUCCUUUCACCCACGUCGGGCCUACACCAGUGAGGAUGAGGCCUGGAGGUCUUACCUGGAGAAUCCUCUUACCGCGGCCACAAAGGCCAUGAUGAGCAUCAAUGGCGAUGAAGACAGUGCUGCCGCCCUGGGGCUCCUCUAUGAGUACUACAAGGUGCCCAAAGAUAAGAGAGUGUUACCCAUCAGCAAAGUGGUUGAAAUUUCAGACGAACCAGAAAAGAGAAACACUACAGUGGGAAACAGCAGUCAGAUGGAGCCGGAGACGGUGGAUAAUCGCGUCCAGGUCCUGAAAUCAGUGCCUGUUAAUCUGUCGCUCAACACGGAUCACCAGGAGACCAAACGGGAACAGUACAACGUGCCUGUGGGAGAGAGCAACACCGCUGCGGUGGUCAAAGCUGAGGUGUACACUCCAGUUUUCAUGGCCUCAGGAGUUCACUACAGGACAGAAGGAGAGGAACCGAUGCGCGUCAUCUGUGAACAGACCCACCCGUUCGACACCUCGGCUGUAUGUCAUAGUGGAUAUGCGAAGGAUGACCAUCGCAGUAGUCCAGAUAGCACUUAUGAGGAAGACAGCAGUGAAAAGUACCGCCCAUCAUCGCUUGGAGCUGAUGACUUCAUAUUUGACCAGUCAGAGAUGUUAGACACUUUCCAGUACACACUCGAGGCCAGCAGGUCAUUGCGGCAGAAGCAGGGCGAAGGGCCUAUGACCUACCUGAACAAAGGCCAAUUCUAUGCUAUUACACUGAACGAGACAAGUGCAAAUAAACGCCUUCGACAUCCCAUCAGCAAAGUGAGGAGUGUCAUCAUGGUUGUGUUCAGUGAAGAUAAAAACCGCGAUGAGCAGCUCAAGUACUGGAAGUAUUGGCACUCUCGCCAGCACACGGCAAAGCAGAGGGUUCUGGACAUCGCUGACUACAAAGAGAGCUUCAACACAAUUGGGAAUAUUGAAGAAAUCGCUUACAACGCUGUGUCAUUUACAUGGGACGUGAAUGAGGAGGCCAAGAUCUUUAUUACGGUGAACUGUCUGAGCACAGAUUUCUCCUCUCAGAAGGGCGUGAAGGGUCUUCCUCUGAUGAUACAGAUCGACACCUACAGCUACAACAACCGCAGCAACAAGCCUCUCCACAGAGCCUACUGUCAGAUCAAGGUCUUCUGUGAUAAGGGAGCGGAGAGAAAGAUCAGAGAUGAGGAGAGGAAACAAAACCGAAAGAAGACAAAAGGAAAGGAUGGAGGUGUCGGCGCGGUUUCUGUUCCGAAAAAAUGUGACACCACCUUUUUCAAAACGAUGACCGAUUUGGACGCCCAGCCGGUUCUCUUCAUCCCGGAUGUGCACUUUGGGAACUUACAGAGGGCAGGCCAGGUGUUUGCAUUUAAUACAGAGGAAAUUGAACGCGAAGGGAGUGUGCUGGUGAAGAGGAUGUUCCGGCCGUCUGAGGAUGACUUCUGUCCACCGCCCCAUAAACAGCCCAGAGAGGAGACACAGAAGAAAGUGCUCUUGUAUGUGAGGAAGGAGUCGGAUGAGGUGUUUGACGCUCUGAUGCUGCGGACGCCCACUCUCAGAGGACUCAUGGAUGCAAUUUCCGAGAAGUAUGGUGUUCCCAUUGACAGAAUGGCCAAGAUUUACAAGAAGAGCAAAAAAGGGAUCCUAGUGAACAUGGAUGACAAUAUCAUCGAGCACUACUCUAACGAGGACACAUUUAUCCUGAGUAUCGAGAACUACGCAGAUGCUUACAAAAUCACAUUAACGGAAAUAUGAACACCAUCGCAUGCAUUUCUAACAUUCAGUAUGUUUAAGCUAAGACUUACUUGGACUCCAACCUGGUCAGAUUCAACAGCAGCUGUCCAUAAAUUGGAUUGACAUCAGCUAAAGCUGACAUACCUCAUUUUUAAGAGACCUCAAGUAUAAUUAAUGGUCAAAAGGAGUUUCAUUGCGUCCCCAACAUGUCCUCAUGAGGAUGGAAAGACUUUUCCUAUCAUUGGAGUUGCUUUUAAGGACCAAAGUGCAGACUGAUUCAUAUUUCACUUGAUUUUUGGAGACCACCAACAGAUUCCUGCCUGAAUUUGAACUGUUCCUUCCAAAGGAUUUCAAUGGAGUGAAACGAAAUAUAAGAUGUCUUCAUAAUAUCAAAAUUCAAAACCCAAUAUCAAGCGUCCAUUGGAAUUAUAAUGCUUGCAGCAAAAAUAUGAAUUUGGGUUUUUUCUGUGAGUCUCUGCAGAGCUAUUGAUCUGUGAAAAGUGUCCGAAACUGUCAAUGUUUGUGUGUGUGUGUAUUAUUUUGCCAUUAAUAUUAUUUUUUAAUGUUAGCUUGGUAGAUAUGAUUUAGCUUCCUCCUGUCUGAAUAUUUACAGACUUUUUUUCUGCAAAAAGAAAGCUAUUUUUAUGAGACUGUGCCAUUUCAAGUUUUUGUAUGCUUAAUAGUGCAAAGCAGGAAAUAUGUAUAAAUACUGUAAUGUUUAACUGUACAGUACCGAUUAUCAGAAAAUUCAUCAAAUGAGGAAGUCACAUUGUAGCUCAGACACAUUUCAGUUGCAUGUUUUACAUGCUGCACUCAUUUUUUUAAUGUGAAAUUCAUUUUAUAAAGGUUCCAUUGGUUUCAAACACUAAACCUUUUGGAGGUCUGAACAGUAGAGGUUUGUUCCUUUUGCUUCAAAGUAUGAGUGCCUCUCGGUUUUUGUCGUUACUUUUGAAAUAACUAUGCAGUCUUAAAGCCUGGUUCAUAUCUAGUGUUUGUGUAUAGUAUAACGGGUUAACAUUUUAACUGUGUAGUGCAGAUUCAAUUGAUCAGCACCAUUUUGAGAUGUUAAUGUUGUAACGUUUUAAUAUCGUCUUCCAAAAGAAAGGAUGUAA